AUGGUUGUGGAGAAGAAGAGAGGGACAGUGGGGAAGACAGUGAGAGACAAUUGUGAAUGUAAGAUCAUUUCACAGGCGGAUAGCUGGAUGGUCCCGGGCUGGGAGCUGAUCACCCCAGUCGGCGCACCUCUGGAGGGCAGUGACAACCUGGAUAGACAGGAGGCAGUCUGGAAAGACGGACACCCCAGGGUCUGGAGGCUUAGCAGGCCAAUGGACAUCCUCUGUGAAGAGGAACCUACUAUAUCCGCUAUAGACAGAUACAUACUAAGAUACCCCCGAGGUCGCACGAGAGUGGGGGAGGAUGAGCGACCUAACCAGGAGGAUUACACGGAUACGACUACCAACCGUCAAAGGACUGAGAUGAACACGAUUAACGGAUCAAUUUGCAGUUGUGGAAAGACUCUGAAGAACGCAAGGGGGCUGAAGAUUCAUAUGGCAAAGAUGGGGUGCAGACCAAAUCAACGGCUGGCACAACGCACAGGGCAACCUGAUGAGACGGAGGAGGAGGUGGUCCAGGACUCAGACCAAAGUGACCACAGCGUCCAAGUGCCAGACAGCGAGGAAGUCGACCAGCAGGUUCCAGAGGAUCACAGCCAGGCGAUGCCAGAGCCCAGUAUUGAUACAAAAUCUGGAGAACGGAAGCAGAAAAUCCGGUGGCCACCUAAUAACAACAAAGCAGAUUGGGAUCAAUUUGAUUUUGAUGUAGAUUCAAUCCUGAACACAUCACUGGCUGGAGGAAUAGACAAAAAGGUGGAGGCCAUGGCCACAAUAAUGUACAAUGUGGGAAAGGAGAGAUUCGGUUUGGAAGAGGUCAGGCAGAAACAACAGAAAUCAACUGGGCACAGAAAUAGACGACAACAGGAAAGAGCGUCGAUAAGGAGAGAUUUGAGGCAGUUGUCAAAGAGAUACAGAGUCGCACCCGAAGAGGAAAGAGCAGCUUUGGCGGAGCUAAGACAAGGCAUGAGAGAACGACUGAAGAUACUGAACAGGGCAGAAAGGAGCAGGAAGAGGAGGAAAGAGAGGGCCAGAGCAAGAGCAAGGUUUACAGCAAACCCAUUUCAAUUUACAUCAAAGCUGUUAGGGAAGAAAAGCUCAGGAAAGCUGCUGGCUGAGAAAGCAGAAGUGGAAAACCAUCUAAAAGAAGUCCACAGUGAUGAGAAGAGGGAUGAAGAAUUGCCUGAGCAACCCAAACUUAUUCAAGUAUGUGAACCAGAACACAUCUUCGAUGAAAGCGAACCUACGGCCAAAGAGGUGAGAGAUGUCAUCCAGAAAGCAAGAGCAGCAUCAGCGCCAGGACCAAAUGGUAUUCCAUAUAAAGUUUACAAGAACUGCCCAAGGCUGACAAGACGUCUAUGGAAACAUAUCCGGGUCAUUUGGAGAAGAGGUCGCCUGGCAGACAGCUGGAAUCAGGCAGAGGGCUGCUACAUCCCCAAGGAGGAGAAUUCCAAGAACCUGUCGCAGUUCCGAACUAUAUCACUCUUGAACGUAGAAGGGAAGAUCUUGCUCUCAGUAAUGGCUAACCGCAUGACAAGAUACAUGUUGGACAACAACUAUGUGGACAUAGCAGUGCAGAAAGGGGGAGUCCCAGGUGUAUCAGGCUGCAUCGAGCACACAAGCGUUCUCACUCAAAUUAUUAGGGAGGCCAGAGAAGGAAAAGGGGAGUUAGCUGUUAUUUGGUUAGAUCUUGCCAAUGCCUAUGGAUCGAUGCCACACAAACUUGUGCAGCUAACCUUGGAGAAGUAUCAUGUUCCAGCAAAGACAAGACAUCUAUUAGAGGAAUAUUUCAACAGACUGGAGUUGAGAUUCUCCAUUGGAGAUUACACAACCUCAUGGCAACGACUAGAAGUUGGUAUAGUCACUAGCUGUACAAUCUCAGUCAUACUAUUCGCAGCAGCUAUGAACCUACUGGUGAAAUCAACAGAGAAGAUGAGUAGAGGCCCAUGGAUGAGAGCAGGCAUACGUCAACCACCAGUGCGUGCAUUCAUGGAUGAUAUGACAAUCAGUACUAAGACUGCAAUUGAAGCAAGAUGGACGCUCAAAGAAAUAGAAGAGCUUAUCAGUUGGGCUAGGAUGAAAAUCAAACCAUCAAAGUCUAGAAGUCUGGUGCUGAAGAAAGGAAGGGUGACAAACUACGACUUCCAGCUUGGACAGGAGAUAAUCCCAUCAGUCUCGGAGAAGCCAGUGAAAUGCCUGGGGAAGUAUUUUGAUGACACACUGAGGGACACCAAGAACACAACCAACACUGUAGAACAACUACAUCAGUGGAUGGAGGCAAUAGACAAAAGUGGACUGCCAGGAAAAUACAAAACCUGGAUAUACCAGCAUGGAGUACUCCCUCGGAUUUUGUGGCCUUUGCAGGUGUACGAUGUACCAAUGUCCCGGGUAGAAGCUAUGGAGCGCCUAACUACAAAAUUCCUUCGCCGAUGGCUAGCAAUACCACAGUGCUUUAGUAGCGUGGGACUCUACAAUGUAGGGACUAAACUACAAUUACCGCUAUCAUCUCUUGUCGAAGAAUACAAGGUUACCAAAGUGCGACAACAUCUAACACUUAGAGACAGUAAAGAUGAGAAGGUGCGCGGAGCCAGGGUGAAUCUAGAAGCAGGCAGGAAGUGGUCUGUUCAAGACACAGUCCGGGAAGCAGAGUUACGCCUGAAGCAAGCAGACAUUGUGGGAAAUGUAGCAGUCGGAAGACUGGGCCUGGGAACAAUUACAUCAACCAGAUGGAGAACAGCAGGCAAAGGAGUGCAAAGGAAGCUAGUGCAAAAGGAAGUCCGGGUGAUGGAGGAAGACUCAAGAAUGGUUAAAGCAGUAGGCAUGAAGAAACAAGGAAGCUGGAUGAAUUGGGAAGCAGUAAGGCAGAGGAAAGUGACCUGGAAUGACAUAUGGUCGAUGGAGCCAAACAGAUUGCAGUUUCUCCUAAGAUCAGUAUAUGAUGUGCUACCAAGUCCAACAAAUUUGGCAGUAUGGGGCUUAACUGAGGACCCAAAUUGCAAACUUUGUGGAAAACCAGCAAAUUUGGAGCAUAUAUUGUCAUCAUGCUCCGUAGCAUUGUCUGAAGGCCGAUAUACAUGGCGGCAUGACCAGAUACUUUCGGUGCUUGCAGACUCUCUCGAAAAAGCCAGGAAGAGACCACCACCAAAGGACAAGCGGCUCAAGUUCAUCAACUUUGUAAGAGCAGGAGAGAGGGAGAAGACAGGCAGCACUGGGGAGGGUAGAGGACUUCUUGGCACGGCAGGAGACUGGCAAAUGCGAGCUGACCUGAAAACCAGAAUGCAAUUCCCAACGGAAGUAGCAUCCACCAACAAGCGACCUGACAUAGUGAUCUGGUCUCCGUCAAGUAGGCAAGUCAUUAUAGUGGAGCUGACAGUUCCUUGGGAGGAGAGAAUGGAAGACGCAUAUGAGCGGAAAAUGGGGAAAUAUCAGGAGCUUGUGGCAGAUUGUCAGGAGAGAGGGUGGAGAGUAUGGUGUUUCCCAGUGGAGGUUGGCACGCGGGGCUUUGUUGGACAAUCCUUGUGGCGAGCCCUGAGAGUCAUCGGAGUUAUUGGGUUAGAGAGAAGACAGCUCAUAGGGCGACUAAGCAGAGAGGCGGAUAGCUGGAUGGUCCCGGGCUGGGAGCUGAUCACCCCAGUCGGCGCACCUCUGGAGGUUGUAGUGGACAGCGCCGAAACAACCGAGGAAGGAGGAUCCACCUGA